AUGAGAAAGGACAAUGUCGCAGCUCCACAAGAGCUAGUCUUCCUCUCAGCUUGCCGCCUGCCCCACGGAGGGAUCUUAUACGAGUUAGAGUCGCCUGCCUCCGCCCUGUGGUUCAACACCCCAGCCAACCGCAGCAAUUUCCUAGAGCGCUUUGGCAUCAACAUCAUCAUCAAGGAAAGAUCAUUCCACGUACUGGUCGAGAACGUCCCGAUCUUGUUUACCCCAAACAACCCUGCGGCUACAGUGGACAUCAAAAAGAAGGUGGGACUCAAACCGGGUAGCAUCGUGAAAGUGAGGUACAUCAAGCCAAUAGCGAGGCGCAACCCAGGACAGCGGACAGCCCAUACAAUCUUCACUUUCAACAGCAGAGAAGACGCCAACCAAGCUAUCAAAUUCGGUCUCUCAGUAGCAAGUAAGAAAGUAUAUGGCAGGAAGCUCAUACCAGAACCGACCAGAUGUCUCAAGUGCCAUUCUUUUGACAGCAACCAUGUAGUGGCAGAAUUCCCCAAGGAACAGGACACUUGCGGAACGUGCGGAGCACAACACUGGACUGCAGAGUGCAGAGUGGACGACCCCAAAUUCUUCUACUGUUCGAACUGUGACAUCCACGGGCACACAUCCUGGAGCAGGGAAUGGCCAACGUUCAUUCGAAAGUGGGAAGCACACAAGAGAAGAAAUGAAGAAUCUAAAUACCGAUUUUUCCCAACGGAUGAUCCACUCACCCGGGAAACAACAACGGACAGCUCAAACAACUGGCACGACCCCAACGUCCGCAACAACAACUCCCCGCCCCCAACACUCGUCAACCAAUGCCAUCCUCCCCCCCCAUCGUGA